GGAUACCGCCGGGCGUCGAGAUUGGCGGCUACUAGACUCGAAGAUUGACCUCACUGACCCAUUGAAGCUUCCCACUGGAUUGCCACCCCGAUGCCGGCUCUCUACCUCUGAGUUCUGGGUGACAGGGCGAUUUUAGGACUGCGGGACUCGACUGUUAGGAACGCACCCCUACUCGAGGACUGAGGAUUACAUGGCUCAACACACUCUCGAACCCAUGGAGACUACGCAGCCAUCAAAGAAUACAUUCCAUCCAUGAACAUGUACUAUACGUCCCCACCUCAAGACAGUCCAGAGAUGGGAACAUGCUUUUGGAGAAACUUGACCUGAGCGGAUAGGGAUUCCGCAUGAUGAGACAGGCCAUGGUACACAUCAAAGUGCCCACCUCCAGUUCCAUGCAAUUUCGCAUUUAUCCGUCGCCUUCGAUAUCUCCACCGCGCCGUCUGGAAGGCACAAGUUGUCCUGGGUGGGAAGCACGAUGAGCAACGGGCAGGAGAUUUGCGAUGCUUUCGUGCGGGGCUGAUAGGGCGGUAGCUGGAGCACCGAGGAUGCGGAUACCUAGAAUUGCGAGAUGCAGCCUCUUUUCUCGCGUGCAAGGAGAUGCACCCACUCGAUUCUCAUAGGGACUACCAGACGCGAUGAGUGCUGGACAAGUAUCGGUUAUGAAGAAUGCUCACACGUCCGAAGAGCAAAUGGCCAUCAUGCCAGAGACCGUGCCCGGUGUCGUCAGAGCACCCAGCGUCCCGGACUCCGACACGACAGGGAUGUACACAGGCUGCAAACCGAGAGCUUGUUUGACGAGAUCGGCGAUGGCAGAGGAAGCCAGUUUGAGGGUAAUACAGUGUGCACCUAUACCAGACAUGAGAAGUACAUUCACCCAAAGCAAUUUCGCUUGCACACCAGAAAGGCUAGAUCCCCAUAUGAUGACCCGUGUCCCAUCGAAUGCCGCCUGUGCCCUCGCAUAAGCCACGACAGUCCGAUAAUCGUCCAACUGGUCUUGCACGACAAGCACAGAGCGCGGGGUCCCAUCUGUUCGACAUGAGGAAGGCACACAAUUACAUGCAAUCGAGCACAUACCAGAGGCACCCCAUCGCCGAUAGUCGAAGACCAGACAAGCAUAGCCCUCGGUCGAGAAUGCUUCCGCGUAGAGCGCAAGGCCCAUCGUUUUGUUUGCACCGAAACCGUGCGCCCUGUAGUGGCAAGGAUAAUGGCAUCGUGAGCCAAUUCGCGGUGCGGCCAAAGAGCACCGUACAUAACGAUGACAGGCAAGGGAGUCGGAGCAGACGUAGAGAUAGAGGCGGGCAUGUAUUUCCAGGCAUCGAGGUCCCACCCAGGACGUAGCGAGGGUAUCUUGAGCGUCGAUUUGACGAAGGCCAUCGAGAUGGUAGAUGGCAAGUAGCUUGUACCUACCGUGCCUAUGGAGCCGAAUCCAUCGAUGUCGUAUCCUGCUGAUCCCAUCUCACAAGUCCACUGCGACAUCAACAGAACAAGGCGCGCUGUUGAGCCAAGGAUAACAAGGAAGGUAUCCUGGAAUUGUGAAAAAGUCGUGGCUCAUGGAGUCCGAGUCGGAUGGGUGGUCGGAAGAGUACGAAUCAGGACUAGCGGCGGCGACGGUCAGCUGAUUAACGUGCUCUAUGACGACACGCGUUUUCAGCCGGAGUCUGCAUAGAAUCAGACUGACUCUGAGAUGGAAGUCGUGUUUUUUUUGGUCAUUUCGGUACGACAAAAUCUCAAAAAAUUGUUUCGAUUUAA